CACAAAUUCAGACAUAAGUGCAGCCACUGAUCUCUGUCUGAAUUUAUUAUCUCUAUUCAUAACCAUGCGCAGCUGUCAAACAGCAGAAGACUUUUGAAUAUUGUUUGGGGACGUUUAUACUGUUUUACUGCUCAUCAAAGGUAUUUCUACAAAAUAUUAAACCAAGCAUCAUUUAUUUACUAUUGAGAAAGAUGGGAGUGAAACAUUUGUGGACGAUUUUAACUCCAUUCUGUGAAAGAAAGCCACUCUUUGAAUUACAAGGUAAAACUUUAGCCAUUGACUUGAGCUGCUGGAUCGUCGAUACUCAAACUGCAACCGAAUAUGUUAUACAGCCAAAAAUCUACCUCCGGAAUCUGUAUUUUCGAACUAUGAAUCUACUUCUACAAGAUAUUCGCCCAGUUUUUGUAUUAGAAGGUAAAGCUCCAGAACUAAAACAGAAGACAAUAGAGAGGCGCAAUGACAUCCAGCAGUUGAAGAGAACUGGGACGAUCGCUGUUAGAAAAGUUGCUGCUAAAAGCAGUAGAAGUAGAUUUAAUCAUGUACUUAAAGAAUGUGAAGAAAUGCUUAGCUACAUGGGGAUCAAAUGUGUUCGAAGCUAUGGAGAAGCAGAAGCAAUGUGUGCCUACCUAAAUGCAGACGGGAUUGUUGAUGGCUGCGUAAGUCAAGAUAAUGAUUGUUUUCUGUAUGGGGGAAAGACCGUGUACAGAAACUUCAAUCUCAGUGGAACUGGAUCGUCUGCUGGAAGUAUCGAUGUCUACAGCAUGGAAAAGACUGAAGAGAUGUUAAAUUUAGAUAGGGAUAAAAUGAUAGCUUUGGCAUUGUUGUGCGGAUGUGAUUAUGACGAUGGAUUAAAUGGGGUGGGUAAAGAAGCGGCUUUAAAGUUGUUUGAGUAUAUCGGUGAUGAAAAUAUAUUGGAUAGACUGAGAAGCUGGAAAAUGGACGGAAAAUUUGAUAAAAUGGAAGCUGCAUUAGCCAAUACAAAAUUAUGCACAUCUUGUGGUCACGAUGGUAAUGUCAGAGUUCACACAAAAACUGGAUGCUCCACUUGCUGUACGGUGACGGGUUGUAGCAGUGAUUACAAAGAACAAAAAAAGCUGAUUCAGAAUGAAAUCGCUAUGCGAAAAAAAGCUAUCCUAAUCGAUUCAUUUCCCAAUGAAGAAAUAAUAAACGAGUACCUCGUUAGAAAAGGUCCUGUUCCAUCGAGCUUGGAUCUCAAGUGGCAGCAGCCAAAACUAAAUAAAUUCAUAUUUUUUAUGGAAAAGAAAGUUUGCUGGGAACCGGAUUAUUCGUUUGAGAAAUUUCUUCCACUGAUGACUCGUUGGCAGUUACUCCAUCUACCAGAGAUUGCCCUCAGAGAGAAUAUCAGUUUUUUGAAAUAUUCUAACGAUUUGCCAUUGACGACGCUGCUGUUUCCUGAACGAAUAAAGAAAGUAAGAAAUGUAAAGUCCGUUGCGAGUUAUGAAAUCGUCUGGACUGACACAGAAAAUUUCUUGAAUGGAUUGGUAACACUGUCAGCUUCAAAAUCCAGUGAAGAUGAAGAAAAAACAGAGAAACUUGAUUCUGAAAACCAAGAGCUUUCGGGAAUGCUCAAUACUAUCGAGCCACAGAAUUUAGUUGUCAAAUGUUACCCAGAAAUAGUCCAAUUAUUUGAAGAAGAGAAAUUGAGCAAGAAGAAAGGUAAAAGUGUAAAAUCUAGGGCAAAGAAGAAGAAUGUUGAAAUGCCUGACAAUGCUGAACAGUCUAAAGAAAAUAACCAGGCGGUCAAAAGACCUGCAGCAAAGCGAGGUAAAAAGAAACUUGUCGACGUCACCAAUAAUAGAAAAAUAGACGAAUAUGUUAUAAAAAAAAAUCCGAGUUUAGAAGAUUCAUUUAGCAAGUUAGAAAUUACUCCCAAACGUGCAAAAUGUGGGCCGCAAAUUGAAAGGAUCAAAAACGCUGAGAGGAUGACAAAAAUGAAUAACACUUUGGACAGAAUGCUGGACAGUUUGACUGCUGAUGACUUUGCCAGUGACGAGGAAUGGGAAUCGGACAUGUCCGGAAUUAUUGAUAAAAUUUGCAAUACCAGAGUUCCAACCGAAAUUCCUUCAGUUGACCUUGAUCUGAAUGAAUGUAAAAUGAUGAAAGAAUCAAGUGAACAGAUCCUAAGAAAUGAUAUUGAUUUAAGUAUCGGAAACAUGGGUGUACUUGAUGUGACGAAAGAGGAUACUGACAAAGUCCCACAAGAAAAUACUGAAAUCGAUGAAUUCGCUGACAUUGACCACUAUGUGCCCUUGUCUCAUCGUCUAGACUUAGAUAUUAUGAAACUGCAGGCAUUGUGAAAUUAAGCCAUUUAACUUCUUAAAUUAUUGCAUAGCAUUGUAACUUAGGUGUAAAUAAAUGAUACUGAAUUUCAAAUGCG